CAUCUUUAUAUUUAUGCUGAAUAUCAGAAGCGUUGGCCAGAGAUUGUCAUUCUCCUCAUUACUCCUCCUCCGAUUGAAGAAGAUGCACGCGUCCGACAUCCAUAUAUAGAGAACCCAUCAGGUCUGCCUGAGAGGACAAAUGAAGCUGCUGGUGCUUAUGAUCAGGCAUGCAUGUCUGUCGCCAAAGAAUGUGGAUGCCCGGUGGUAGAUCUCUGGAUCAAAAUGCAAGAAUGUCUUGACUGGAAGAAAGCUUAUCUAAGUGAUGGUUUGCACCUCACUCAGGCUGGCAAUAGGAUUGUGUUUGAGGAGGUGGUCAAGAAGCUGAAGGAGCAGGGCAUUUGUGUGGAAAAUUUGCCAGUUGAUCUCCCACUCAUCGCCAACAUUGACCCUCAAGAUCCACUAAAAGCAUUCCAGGAUUAUUAACAUCAGCUCAUAUGUCAAGCAAGGUCUUUUUUUUUUUCUUCUUCUCUUUUGAGCAGGGUGAGCUGCGCCAUAGAUAUCAUGGUGAUCGCAUUGUGUUGAAAGAAUAGCAAAGUGAUGUUUAGACUAAGGUUGCGAUCAUUUUGUGAAAGCAAUUCUGUAUACGGUGUAACUCACUCUUUAAUUCCAGUGAAUGUAGACACUGAAUGAUAUAGCUCUUUAUUUUGUUGACUUAGAAAUAAUCUUUGGCAUAGCCUUCUGUCUUAUCUUCUUAACACAAGAUUUUCUUUCUGA